GCCGGGAAAUAUCUGGCGCGGCAGCCCUCCUCUGAUAAAUACCCCUCUCUCUUCUCCACCCUUAUCUUCAUUCACUCCUCCCCCUCUCUAUCUCUCGGCCCUGCAACUAUGGCUUCUCUAUUUUCUGGUACGCCUCUUUCUGAAGCCCUAGUAUCCUCUUCUCUCUCUCUCUCCAACCGUCGUUCUCCUCCUGCGGCUCUGUUGACUUCCCGUCUCCCCUUGUCUCCCGACUCCCCCUUGGAACUCCGGGUCCCACUGUUCGCAUGUCCCGAGCCUGUUCAUCCCGGCUUCCAACGCUCCGGACCGGCGUUCGUGCGGCGGCCGGAAGCGGAGAUUACUCGUCGAGGAGGAGCGGCGGGAGCAACGAGCCUAGGGAGACUAUCCUACUGCCAGGUUGCGAUUACAACCACUGGCUCAUCGUGAUGGAGUUCCCUAAGGAUCCCGCUCCCACGAGGGAGCAGAUGAUCCAGACUUACCUUGAUACUCUUGCUACCGUUCUCGGAAGCAUGGAAGAGGCAAAAAAGAACAUGUAUGCCUUCAGUACUACUACUUAUACCGGGUUUCAAUGCACUGUUGAUGAAGAAACAUCAGAGAAAUUUAAAGGAUUGCCUGGUGUGCUCUGGGUUUUGCCAGAUUCAUACAUCGAUGUCAAGAACAAGGACUAUGGUGGUGAUAAAUACAUAAACGGUGAAAUAAUUCCUUGUAAGUACCCCACGUACCAGCCUAAGCAACGAAGUGGGUCAAAGUAUGAGAGCAGGAGAUACGUGAGGCGGAGGGACAAUGCUCCUCCUCCAGAACAAAGAAAAUCUGUGCAGACUGCAGCCCAGACAGAUUCAUCAUCUGAAUAAGAUAAUCAGGCUUCUCACUGUCUUCAAUUAGAGUGGCUACACAAUUUCUGAGUUUUCUGGGGAUGACGAUAUUUUUGGACCACUGGAAUUCUAACUGGAACCUUCAGCGCGUGGAUAAAAAAGUAAUAUAGUUGGCUGUAGGGAUUGUCAUGCCCACGAGUCAGUGAUGGAAUUAGUCAGUGGAAUUCAAAUGGUAUUGUAUUUUACUCCCUCUUGUGCUUGCCAUGUCGCAUGUUGUCAGCAAGAGCAUUACCCUUGAGCAAGAUUUGUAAAGUUCUAAGCUUCAAUAUCUGUGUUCUUGCUCGUUUGAUGAUCA